CCUUGUGAUUCAGACAAUGGAGUUCAAAAACUGGAAUGUUCUCUCAUUUCUGAAUACCUAUACUGAACCAUGUCUGAGCUUCAGCUCAACAUGGUUGGAGAUUGACUCCAACUUCACCUUCCUGUGUGGGUUGGGAUUGCUUCUUCUGUUCCUGUGCUACCGGAUGCUUCCAUUUCCAACUUGGAAAACCAAACCCACCCAAAAGGUAAGGAACUACAGAUGCUCCCAGAGAGAAGAUGAGGAAGCCCGGAAGCUGAUCUCUGUUUUAAGAAGCUUUGUACCUCCUGUCUCCUGCAGCCCCCUAGGCCGGCAUCAUGAUACCAUCCACUUUCAUCAACUGCUAUGUCCAGACCCCUCCUGUGAGGUGUGUAAUAGCACAACUGCUGAGAUCAAUCGGCUGCUGUUCCCGCAGGCCCUGGAAGAUGCUACUCCCUUGGCUUCCACAGCCCCUGUGACUUCCUCAUCAUUCACUCUCUCCCCUGACUCCUCAGCAGUCCCUCCAGGAGACCUAAUAUCAGCUUCUCUGCCUGAGCCUUCCCCACCACCUGCCUCCAUCUUCUCACCUAACCCAGUGACCCCCUUGGCUGACUUUUUUCCACCCUCACCACCGGGUGAUUCUUUGCCACCAGAGUCUUUUCCUCCGUUGGAUUCCGAAUUCCCAAAGGACAAUUUCCCACCCCAGUCCCUUGCCUUUCCUCCAAUCCCACCAAAUGAUGCUCAGACAGUGGAUCCUGUUGUCCAUUCAGAGGCCACUUUGUCUCUAAAUACCAACUUCUCUCUGGACUCUACCCUUUCCCAAGAUGUCAACCCCUUACCGGAGUUGUCCCAGAUGGUGAAUCCCACUGAGAACUUUGCUUGUCCUAAUGCACCACCAACCCUGUGUGUUUCACCACCACCAGCUUGCAGUUUAACUAUGACUCAAUCUAAAUCGAUUUCCAUCUCAAUGAAGCCUGUUCCAGAGAUCUCAUCUCCAGAUAGCUCUGGUAACAAAUACACUUUUAGGGCAGCUAAGGUUUGGGGAUGGGAAAAGCAGCAGGGAGUUGCCAGGAUGAAAGUGUUAAAUCCCUGA